GGCGCCUGCCCCUUCCCUCUCCCCGCCUGCCGGGUGCCAGGUCCCGGGCGUGGCGUCGACUCCGCUCGCGUCUGCAUGGCGGGCUUGUCGAAGCCACCUGUCUAGAUCACAGACCGAUUCCGCGGUAGGCCCAGGCCUCCCGGCUCCCGGCCCGGAGCUUUUGUCACUGCACCUCGGCUGCCAGCUUCUCUCUGUAGCUUGGGGAUGCAGCCGCCCCCGCCGGGAGGUGCCAGCCAGUGCCCGUCAGUGCCUCAGCUAUCCCGGAAAGAGGAAUCAGACUAGUUCUUGAUUCUAGCGUGUAAAUCAAGGACUAGCUGAUGAAAGGGGCAGACUUCGGUGUUUGUCGGGGAAGAACGUUCAACAAUUGGAGUUGCCAAAAAUGGAGUGAAUAACUUCUGUGAGCUGCCCAGUACUAGAGACUGGAAGAACGCCUACUGGCACGGAAUAGAGAUUGAAAUAGCAGAUGAAGAGCCUGGAUAGUAAACCCUUGAUUUCUUCUAAUCCAUAGAUCCCAUGAGUCUAUAUUCGUGGAAACGUGGCCUGCUACGAUUUCUUGGCAAAAAGCAUGGCUAAUGUAAAAGCAGCCCCAAAGAUAAUUGACACAAAAGGAGGCUUCAUUUUGGAAGAGGAAGAGGAAGAAGAACAUAAAAUUGAAAAAGUUGUUCAUCAGCCAGGACCUGUUAUGGAAUUUGAUUAUACAAUAUGUGAAGAAUGUGGGAAAGAAUUUAUGGACUCUUAUCUUAUGAACCACUUUGAUUUGGCAACUUGUGAUAACUGCAGAGAUGCUGAUGAUAAACACAGGCUAAUAACCAAAACAGAAGCAAAACAAGAAUACCUUCUGAAAGACUGUGAUUUAGAAAAAAGAGAACCAGCUCUUAAAUUUAUUGUGAAGAAGAACCCUCAUCAUUCACAAUGGGGUGAUAUGAAACUCUACUUAAAAUUACAGAUUGUGAAGAGGUCCCUUGAAGUUUGGGGUAGUCAGGAAGCAUUAGAAGAAGCAAAGGAAGUUCGACAGGAAAACCGAGAAAAAAUGAAACAGAAGAAGUUUAAUAAAAAAGUAAAAGAAUUGCGGAGAGCAAUAAGAAGCAGUGUGUGGAAAAGGGAAAUGAUUGCUCAUCAACAUGAGUAUGGGCCAGAAGAAAAGCUAGAAGAUGACAUGUACCGAAAGACUUGUACUACAUGUGACCAUGAACUGACAUAUGAAAAAAUGUGAUUUAUUUCAGUGACCUGUUUUUACAGAAUUUUAUAUUUAAAUAAAGGAAAUUUAGAUUGGU